AUGGCCGCCGCCGUCAGCGGGGCAUCCCAGCGCGGCUCGGCCCGGGCGGCGCUGCCCGCUCCCCGGCGCACGGGACAGCGGCGCGGCUCCUCCUCCGGCCGCCACCGUCCAGCUGCAGCUCCUCCUCCUCGUCCCCCGCGGCCGCCGCCGCCGCCGGGACCCCAGACAGCUGCCGCUCCUAGGCGACGGCCGCUGCGGGGACGCGGGGCAGGGAGUCCAGAUUCCCCCGGCCUCGGUUGCGAGCGCGGGACCUUUCCGCCGCCCCUCCGCGUCCCCGGGCCGGCACCAAUGCCUCCGGUUCCCGGACCGAGCACUCGGCUCCCCGUCCAGCUCCUCCUCUGGGCGGCUGAGCUCUCCGGGGUCCCCGAUCCUCGUGCGCCGGCGUCCCGAGCCUUCCCGCCCGCAGGUCCCACCUCCUGCGCCUCCCGGGAGGGCCGCACCGGGGCUGGGAGGAGCGCAGAGCCCGCGCGCUCGGGUUACAAAGUUCCAGCUCCCGGCUGCGAGCGCGGAAUAAAAGAGGGGGCGGGGCCGGACACCCGGCGAAACUCGUGGGAGGGGGCGGAGCCGCCCCAGUCGGCCGACUCCGGUUACUUUCGCCCUGGAAACCUGCGUUCGUUCACCCCGAGUGGUCCCCGCCGACUUGCCUUUUCAGGGGGCGCACGAUAG